GGAAGAAGCUGUAAUGAUGUAGAACAAACUGGAACCGUCUCACAUAAGCCGGUUUACUUUACUUCUCAGGAGAUUCUUAGAAGCACACUUGAGGGUGCAGAUGAGAUUACUUGCAGUAGUAACAGUAAAUCUAAACCUAGAACAAUUCGCAGCAUGCUGAAAGAUGCCAGCCAAGUUUCCUUAAUUAACGCAAUAAGUGUUUCUGAUGGCAAGAUUGUUAUUUCAGAAGCUCCGUAUGCCAAGGGCUUGUUUAGCGGGUCUAAGAUUCAGUCAAACUCUCAACCAUCAACUGUGGGGAGGAAGAGAAAAAAAAGUCACAAACAAGGUAAAACAGACUAUUUUGUCGACUUUGGAGCGAGCAGCA